CUCCUUUACAGAGGCGCCUAGUUUGAGCCCUCAAGUUCUAAUGGUAGAUUUAUUAUGAAAUAUCACUUGGACUCUUAUAAACUAACGGAAGAUGAGACAAAGAAAAUUGAAGAAUUUCUUUCACUUAUUCAAAACUCUCAAAAUUCUCCUGAAUAUCAUCAGCUAGCUUUUAAUAUUUUAGCUGCACGCAAGUUUUCUGUCCCACAGGCUAUGGAGCUGUAUCAUAAUUAUCAAACAUUUUUGGCCAGUGAACAGAUUACUCGUGUUGAUCCCUUCGAAGAGGAUGUCAGACGUGAAUUAUUGUCAGGGAAAUUCGUCAUUCUCAAUGAUAAUGACAUACCUGGUGUUCGUGUGGCACAGUUUUUUGUCAGAUUACAUCGAAAAUCAGGAAAUCAUCGGGCUUUGUUGCACAGUAUCAUCUUUCAGCUAGAUGCUGCAUUGAGAAGAGAAACAGCUGCUAGAAAUGGUCUUGUAUUCAUUUUUGAUAUGACCGAUUCAAAAUAUUCAAAUUUCGAUUAUACAUUUUCAUGCAAGUUAUUCAAAAUGUUACGAUCCUCCUAUCCUGUACGUCUCCGGCGUGUACUAAUCUUAACUGCUCCUCUCUGGUUUCGUGCUCCUUUCUUAUUAAUGCGAGUAUUUAUUCGUGAAUUAUUUCAAGAUUGUGUAUAUGUACUUCGUCCUUCACCGGGAACCAAAUUAGAAGCACUUAGCCAUCCUGAUCCCAUUAUUUUAAAACGUGAUCAUUAUGCUUGGCUUCAAACUGCUCUAUUAAGAACUGGAUGGUUAUUGACUGAAGCAGAACAGGCCGCACUUCCUAUUGGUCAUCGUAAUCAAACAGUUGGUGCAUUUUUCGGUCCACCUUCAGAAUCUACCGGGUCAUUAUCGGAUUCUAGUGAUUCUGAGUUUCGUGAAGAUGAUGAUUCUUUUUCCACUAAUCAACUAGAUGAUGCUGCUGUCGAUGAUGAUUUAAUUAGUGUUGGUGAUUUAGAUCCAUUUUCUUUGACUAGUUCAUAUUCCGGUGAAGCUGAAAGUUCAGAUAUAGAAGAAUGUACAUCGGAUGUAAUAAUGAAAACAUUCUCAUCAUCUAACUCAGAAAAAAUGAAUGAUAGUAAUUUCAAUCCAAAAUCCGUUUCAAAUUACUCGGAAGCAUGUUCAUAUGAUCAUAAACGUCAAACAUUAUCGAAUUCAGAACAUGGUGGGACGCCUACUCCUCCGACAGUUGCUAAACGCCCACAACUGUCAAAUACUGCGAAUUUGAACUAUCCCACUCUCAUAUCUGAUCAUACAAAUACUCGUUCUUCAAAUGCAAUCACCUCAGGGAACCAUGUUAUGGGUUUUAAUGAAGACAUAUCAUUGGUACGUAUUGACCCUGUAACUCCUACUGCUGACAAUUCUAUCAACUCACCUUUAAUAUCCGAAGCUUUUGAUACCAAACAAACUGGUUUUAAUUAUGGGAAUUCUCAUGCACUUAACUCAUCUUGUUCAUCCAAUACAUCUUUCUUCUCGACUGGUUCUACUGGUGUACAUUCUAAAAAAUGCAGUCCAAUCAGUGAUAAACUCUUAAACCAGUUAAUAACAUCAGGUUUACCGAAAACAACUGAAUUCGAAAGACGUGGAAUGUCAAAAGUUAUCCAUGAAGUUUCAGGUUUAACAACUUCUAAGGAUCCUGACUUACCUCUUGCAGAUGCUGAAAUUUCAGAUUCUAUUUGUUUAGCUCCCAUCCAAAAUAAAGUUGCACCUCUUGCUCAAGAUGAAAUAGGAGAUCGAACUAUUUGUAAUAAUAAAAAUCCAGUUCAUAUGUUGCCAAGAGUUCCAGCGUUUGAUUCCAGACUAGUUAACACUAGUCAUCCGUCAUUAGAUGUUAUCCCUAAUUGGGCAAUUGGUCGCCCUCAAGGGGAAUCAAUUCACCAAGACCAUGAUUUAAUAUAUCCUAUUGAAUUAUCAUCAUCUUCAAUGAAUAAUAGUCAAACUACAGAAAUUACUCCAUUGAAUUCUUCAUCAUUAAGUUAUUUGGUUUCUUCAAGCUAUGAUAAAUGCAAUGAAUGGGGCGAAGAAGCUCCUUCUUCUUCCUCUUCUCCUCUUCAUCAUACUGCUAACAAUACAACAGUGUCUAUUGCUUCACCAAUCAAUAAUAAUCAUAAUACAUGCUGUGAUAAUAAUCGAGAUGCAUCAUUAUCGUCAUCAGUAGAAAGACAAAGGAUAUACGAUGAAAUUGACGCAAAUAUGAUUGAAAUUAAUAGUACAACAUCUAGCAGUGAUGAUGUUUCAGCUAGAAAUGAUGAAGGCGUAAUCGAUGUAGUUGUUAACGAUGAUUAUUUCGAACCCGAAGAAGAAAUAGAGGAGGAUAAUGAUGAUGAUGAUGAUGAUGAUGAGGAGGAGGAGGAGGAGGAAGAAGAGGAUGAAGAUGAUGACGAUAACUUGGAAGUGACUCAAACAAUUAUUAUGCAAGAACAUUGGAUGAAUCCAAAUGAACUAGUACAACACAUUGAAAAUGUUGGUUUGACUGGACUUAAUUCAGAGUAUAGUGCACUUGUUCAGUUGAAGAACGAAUAUACACAUAUUGCUUUCAAGCAUAUACUUAAUCGGAGUAAAAAUCGUUAUUGUGAUGUGAUUUGUCAUGAUGCAACUCGUGUUUAUCUCCAACCAUUAUUAUUAUCGUCGGAUAUUUCUAGAAUUUCCACUAGUCGUAGUGAUGAAGAUCCUACAGUAUUAUGUAAUGCUCAGAAAUCCCUUACCGCACGUCUUCAUCGUACACAUUCAGCACCAAUAUCAGCGCAUACACUAGUAAAAAAUUAUAUUCAUGCCAAUUGGGUCGAUGGUUAUCGACAGAAAACGCUUUUAUCUGUACUCAGGGUAUGUGGUAAAGUUUUAUUUGUGAUUGCUCCAUCUAAUAAUUUUUUUAUGUUUUUAGCAAAACUAUUUGCAGCUUCUUACUUUAAAUUUUGUUUUAUUAGUGAAGUCGCAAAUGAAGUACUAAUAUAAGCCACGAUGAAGAUGCUUACAGUGCAACAAAGUUUAUUUUUUAUGUAUUUAACCAAGUUAUUAUUAUGUUUGCAUAUAUAUCUGUAUAUCGCACUAUUAUGGAUCGAAAUUCAUGCAACUCUCUUAGAUCCGUUACUCUCGCUUCAUUCAGUCGGUAAUUCAUCACCGUAAGACGUGGAACCAGCGUUCAACAGUCCAAGUUACCUCUCACUUUAGACCAGCCCAG